AUGUCCACCGCCUCACUAUCACCGCCGCCGAGUUUAACGAUGGAGUCAUCCGCCGUGUCCACCGUCGGGCCUGACACGCCUUUGCCUGAAAUACCUUCUCAGCUAGAGGGAAAGUCUGCGUACCCUGACCCUCCUCCUCCUUUGACAGUCGAUUCGGAUGGCCCCAAGCGCUAUGCGCGGCUUCAGUACCUGCUCAAGCAGAGCACCGCGUACAGCGGGAUUAUGCGCGAUAUCAUGCAGAAGCAAUCUGCAGAUCGAGCGAAGAAAGAAUUGCCUGCAACGGCUGGAGAAGGAAAGGAAGGGAAGCGCGGGAAGCGCGGGAAGCGCGGGCGUCCGGCGAAAGACGGCAGCAAGAAGCGCGGAAGGGAGGAGUAUGAAUUCGAAAUUGAUGAGAAGACACUUGAUGCAGCUGUUCAGAGCAGAGAGGAAACCGACGAGGCACCAUGGAUCGAACAGCCGAAGCUUAUCACUGGGGCUACCCUCAGACCGUACCAGCGAGCAGGGCUGAACUGGCUCGUAACGCUGCAUUCGAAUGGUCUCAAUGGAAUUCUUGCUGACGAGAUGGGACUCGGAAAGACGCUCCAGGUGAUUGCAUUGCUUGCUCACCUGAGGGAGCAUGGCGUUUGGGGCCCUUUCCUCAUUGUAUGCCCUCUGAGCGUGAUGUACAAUUGGGUGGAUGAAUUCAAGAAGUUCGCACCUACAAUUCCCGCGAUAAUGUAUCACGGUACGCCUGAGGAGCGCCGCGAGUUGCAGCGUACGACCCUCGUCCUUCCACACAAAGACCAUGAUGGACCUGCUCCCAAAAAACACCGCCUACUCAAACCGGCUGGGCGCAAAUCAGCCCCAGGCACCCGAAGCGGAACGCCAGCGAUUACCACCGAGGAGACGUUCCCCAUCGUCGUGACAACAUAUGAAAUGGUUAUACGCGACAAGGCGUUCUUGGGCUCGUUCCACUGGAGGCAUCUCAUUGUCGACGAAGGUCAUAGGCUUAAGAAUAUGGAGAGCCGGCUCAUCAAAGAAAUCAGGCAGUAUAAAUCGGAUAACAGACUGAUCCUAACGGGAACCCCCUUGCAGAAUAAUCUCGCCGAAUUGUGGAGUCUGCUCAAUUUCAUCCUGCCCACUAUCUUCGACGAUCUGGUUGCCUUCCAACAAUGGUUCGACUUCGACGAGAUCACCUCCGCGCCCUCUGAAUCUGAGUCUGCUGCCCAACUGACAUCCGAGCAAACCGCCCAGAUUGUCAACUCCCUACACGACAUCCUCAAGCCUUUCUUGCUUCGACGACUCAAGACCGAUGUCGAGAUAAACCUUCCUCCGAAGAAGGAAUAUGUGCUAUAUGCGCCCCUCACUCAACUGCAGAGCGAAUUGUACAAGGUCAUCGCGAGCGGAGAUGUGAGGGAUUGGUUAAUCGAGAAGAAACUUGAGGCAGGAAGAAAAUCCGGCAAGUUGUCUGCGGUUGAGGAAGACGAGGACGAAGAUGGAUCGGACGGGAAACGCUAUCGGCGCAAGCUGAGAAAAGGGAAGAGGAUCAGCUACGCACACGCCCUGGAAGACAAUGACGACAAGUAUCUGCAGGAGUGGGAGAAGAAGGGUGGAAGAAAAUCUGGUGAAACGGAGGACAUGACACCGGAGGAAGCUGGGGCAGAAUACAUGCUCUCCAAAGCUCGCAAGUCCGUCGCGAAUAUGAACUUGCAGAACCGCGUCAUGCAGCUGCGCAAAGUCUGUUCACAUCCAUUCCUGUUCGAAUGGCCGGUCGACCCCAACACUGGGCAGGAAAUCGUAAACGAAGAGCUCGUUGGCGCAAGCGGCAAGAUGCUUCUUCUCGAUCGCUUGCUUGAUGCACUCUUCAAGAAAAAGCACAAGGUUCUCCUAUUCAGUCAGUUCACGACGAUGCUUGACAUCGUCCAAGACUGGGCGACGGAGUUCAAAGGCUGGGAGAUAUGCCGCAUUGACGGGUCAACACCGCCGUUAGAGCGGCGCAGCGAGAUGGACCGAUUCAACAAAGGCGGAGAUGCGCCAGAUGCGCCGCAUCUCUUUCUUCUCUCAACUCGUGCAGGCGGCCUCGGCAUUAACCUCGUUGCCGCGGACACCGUCAUCUUCUAUGACCAAGAUUGGAAUCCACAAAUGGAUUUACAGGCUCAAGACCGCGCGCACCGAAUCGGGCAGACUAAGCCUGUGCUGAUCUUCAGGCUCGUGUCGGCACAUACCAUCGAGACGAACAUCCUGCAACGUGCCGCUCAGAAGCGCAAGCUCGAGGCGCUCGUCAUCGCGAAGGGCAAGUUCCGCCGUCCGGACGGGACAAUUGAAAUGAAGCGUGAGAGUCUGGCGGAGAUGGCGGCUAGCCUGCUCGCUUUGGAAGGGGAGAAGAUAAACAUCGUCGCCCAGGGAGACGAGAUUAUCUCGGACAAAGAUCUAGAUGUAUUGCUUGAUCGUAGCGCCGAGGUGUUCUCAGGCCGCGCAACAGGCUGGACUGCGGGAGCGAGUGAGGUGAAACGCACUGCAUCGGCGGCCACAAAGAAGGGCCCUGAGAAAGCGCGCUUGAAGGCGAAGGGUGUGGCCUUUGAAGUGAUCGAGACAAAGGCGGAUGAGGCAUCAGAGAGACUGGCCAAGGUCAUGGGUGAGCAUGAGGAGCAGUGAUCAUCCAUCUCGAUGGGUAUCUGGGGAUAUUCAGAAGCAGCUUUUCACACGUUAUCUUGUUAUACGAUUUCGUCUUCCGGAUGACCGAUACCUGUCGUUACAUUACUUGUUGCAUGUUUGAUGCUGCUGGCUACCACCGGCAUGUUUAUCGUAUUUAUUGAUAGAGAUAUCA